CUCACGAAUAUCACGCGUAGUAUAUCUAUAUAUACUCGACCAAUUAAAAACGUAGAUAUGGUUCGACUUGCAUGAAGUGCCUCCUGAUUGGGGGAUUUGUGAGCCCUCGGGCUGUGGCUGGUUGGACCGCCUCGGUGAUUGGUCACCGGGGUCCUCCUCUCUCUGUUUCAGAUCACCGAGCGAUACUCACGCUAGAUGCCCUAUAGAAACGCUCUAUACUGUAUUAAGUUUGUGGCCGCUUGUAAUGGACUAAGGUCCUAACCAGAGCCAUAUAUAUAAAGAAGAAGAAAAAGAAGAACAAGAAAAAGAUACAAGACGUUACCUUUGAAAAGCAGAUCUGGUCCUGUAUGUAAUAUUGUGUUUGCUGUGCUGGAAAGCUUCCAUAGAAGAAAAUUAUUACAAAUAUUAUAUGUCAAAACAAAAUGGACAACCUCAAUGGUUGAUUGCAGAGCCAGCAUUUUAGGAUCAAUCAAACGAACAAAGACAACGUCAUAUUCAUAUACUGAUGUCCAUUUUGGAACAGUUUAAAAAAUCAUGUUGACAGUAAUCAUAGGCUGUAUACUGUUUGUUGCUGGAAUGUGCCUACUUUUUUGGAAUGAGGGUCAUGCUGUAAAGGUAGCAUAUUCAUUAGAUGAAGCCUCACACAAAAUUGUUGUGCUUCCAAAUCCGAUGGAGAUACUACCUGAGUAUGAAGGCCAUUUGGUUCAUUUUAGUGGUCCUAUAUCAAUCUCUGAGCCUCUGAAAGAAUCAGAUUAUGGAAUUUUUGUAGCCAGUGUUAAAUUAAAAAGAAGAGUUCAGAUGUAUCAAUGGAUUGAAAUUGAAGAAGAACGAAGUUAUGGAGGUGUUACAGAGGAUGAGAAGCAUUACUAUUAUAUGACAGAGUGGAGGGACGAACUUAUUGAUUCUGACCAGUUUUACAUUCGAACUGGACACCACAAUCCAAAAGAUAUACCUAUUAAGAGUCAAGUACAAAUUGCAGCUGAUGUUAAGAUAGGAAAUAUAGCACUUGGUACUGAAUUAAAGAAAAAAUUCAAUGACUUUGUUGAAAUUAUCAGUGACGAGAAACCACAGCGUAAGGAUAUUAAAUUACACUCAGGACUAUAUUAUCAUACUGCAGAUUUACGAAAUCCUCAGGUAGGGGAUAUCAGAGUACAAUUUUCCUAUGCAGGAAAAGGUGGAGAUACUUACUCCAUUAUCGGCUUCAUGGUUCAUGGAAUGAUAGUUCCUUAUAAUACUUCAUAUGGUGAAGAGAUACUACUUCAAAGAAAAAAUAAAAUGUCAGUCGAUCAAAUGUUUCAUAUGGAAUUUGUUCACAACUACUGGCGUACAUGGGCCAUUAGAGGUCUUGGAUGGCUAGUGAUGUUUUUAGCAGUGACGUGUUUGGCGAAUAUAUUGAGAACAUUGAUUUUGAAUUCAACCUUCCUAAAUGAAAUAAUUGCAAUCGACUCUGUAACUACGUCUGCCUCGAUGUCGAUUAGUUUAUUGGUCAUUGGUGUCGCGUGGGUAUGGUACCGUCCAUUUAUCGGACUCUGUCUAGCGUUGGCUUCUAUUUUACCCUUUAUAUAUUCAAGUUUGACAUCAAAUUCGUAGCUUCAACAACAUGACUUAUAGAAGAUGAUAAAGUUAUUUGCUUUUUGUGUUUCUAUUCUCUUUCUGUCUUGAUUUUCUCUAUAUUUUAUUUGAAAACUUCAUAUCGGGAAUGCUUACAGUAUAGUUAUCUUAUAGACUAGUUUUGGAAAAACCAAUUAUUUUCUACUUAAUUUCAUAAUUUUUAUUUCCAGUAUUAUGUGUCAUAAUCCACUAUUGAGAUCUUUGUUGUAUACAGUAUUCUUUGUUAAGACGAAAUAUUGAUUCUAAAAUGUAUUUCAAACAAUUAGUAAAUAGUAUAGUAAAUAUUCACACGA